GAGUUAACCACAUCGGUCCUAACUCAACAAGAAGCAAAUGUAGGAAAUAAAUAAAUAUUGAAUCGAAAUUCUGACUGGUAAGUAUAGUGCUUGUCCUUUUUUAGACCGGUGUGAAAUAAAGGUUGUCUUUUUUUGACCGCACUUCAGACCUUGCCAUAUGACACUAAAGUAUACACACUGAUCGAAAAAGACGUUUUUUUUUCAGUUAUACGGCCUAAAAUUAUUAAACUGUUUAUUGACCUUCUUCUGUCUGCAUUGAACUCCUAAAUAAACUUUAGCCGGCAUGAAUUUCAACCAAUCAGCCUCGAGCAAGUUUUCAAAAUAGCAAAAUGAUCCGUUUUUGUGACCUAUAACGGAAAAGACCCAAAAAUUGUUUUGUGAGGAAAUAAACAAUCUAUUUCAAAUAGCACCCGCGAGGGUAAUAUGACCAAAAUAACCGGUUCAAAACAAUGCUAUUAAUUCUUCGGGGAUUCUUGGAAGUUUGGAGCAAAUCAGCAGUCAUGCAAAUCAGCAGUGGUUUCAUUUAAAACUCUCAAAAAAGAAAAAUUCGUCAGUUAGCAGAUAAAUGAGUUGUAGUUUAUCACAUAGUUCUUCAUCUUUCCGAUACAUCUGAUAAUAUUUGAUAUUAACUUAUUUCACGGACGAUUUAACAAUAUGAAAUUAAAAUUAAUCAUUCUUACUUUGUUAAUUACAUUGCUUACUCAUAAUGCAAGGAUUGUACUUGGCUCUGACGAAAAAUUAAGAAAUUCGGGAAGAAUUUUCAAAAAAGUUCACGCAGAGGAUGAGACAUGGGCAGUGCGGGAGACCGAGGAAGAAAUUCUGGAGCGAAUCAGAGACAAAAUUCCAAAGUACAGUCCGCCCGAACUACUCGGAAGCAUUGAAGUGUCAGCUUCCAUCGCACAAAUUGUGGAUUUGGACGAAAAGCGAGGGUCGUGGUCGGCUAAACUUGAAAUAGUGUCCGUUUAUUACACACGUUCGUUUUUGUGGAGAGUCGACAGAAACAACAGCCGAAUUAGAAGCAAAAUUCCGACAUGUCUGGUAAUACCGAAAGACUAUGUUUGGGCCCCCGCAUUGACUAUUGAAAAUGUACUUGACCCGCAAUUCAACCUGAUGAGUCAAAAGCAACUGGUUUGUAACGACGGAUUAGUUUCAUCGCAUUACUCAUACUUCAAGCCCAAAAUGUCGUGUGAUUUCGAUGUAUCAAAAUUUCCGUUCGACGAACAAUGUUGUAACAUCACAAUAGAGCAGAAGCCAAGGCUCAUCUGGAACUAUUUAUUUGGAAUUUGGCUGAAAGCUCUAGGUAAAGGCAACACUGGCACAAUUGACUUUAUCGAAAACGAGCAAUGGGAGCUUUUAAGCACCAAAAUGAUGCCAAUUCGAGACAAUGAGGGGAUAUUAAUUCAAGUUCAGUUGCGAAGGCGAUCCCUUCACUACGCUCUGAUCUUCGUUCUACCAACAGUUGCCUUAUACUUGAUGUCUGGACUGUCUUUCUUGUUACCUUCCGAUGCAUGUGAAAAGAUCUCCUUUGCAGUAACUAUUUUACUGGCACAAGUUGUGGCCUUUUCCGCCUUGGGUGAAAUUUUGCCAGCUAGUUCAAUGAAGCCACCGGUUUUGCUGUUCUUCUUAACAGGAGUUCUGUGGCACAUGGGCUUACUUUGUCUGGUGGCUGUCUUCGUGCUAAGUUUGAGUCAAAAUGGAUGGAAAACGAGGAUGGGUUCCAGAUGUCUUUGGGUUAUUCAAUCCCCCUGGCUCAGAGUAAUCGGGCUCAAACCCCUAUCCGAUACGGGCUACUACAUGCACAGCCUUUCUACCAAGCAUUCAUGCGAUACACUGGACUCAAAUUUGAAGGUAAAUGACUUGACGGCAGAAGAAAAAAUGGAACAAGCAAAGGAGUUGAACUGCAUCCGGUGGAAAUUCUUGGCGAUAGUUGUGGAUCGCUUCUUCCUUAUAAUUCACUCAGCAUUUGUCACAGCUAACAUCACAAUUACAACCUGGAAGCUUUUUGCCUGAAAAAAAAAAAACAGAUUCAAAUUCUUUUUGCACCAGUAUAUAUUAAAUAAUUGGUAUUUGAACUCAUAUUAUCUAUGAAAAUAUUUGCAUGAAUUUGGA